UUUACCCAGGCCCAACACCCCUUUCCGAACCGGAAUGUGCACAUUUAGCAGCUUAUAUGAAUAAAAACAAAAAUAAUCUAAAAGCAUAUUUAACAUUACACGCCUAUGGGAAUUUAAUAAUCCAUGGUUGGAAUUAUGCUGCAAGAACAUAUCCAGAUAAUGUUGAAGAAUUGAGAGUUGUGGCUGAAAAAAUGGCAAAAGCAAUUGUCCAGGAAGGAGGGGCUCCUUUUAAAAUUGGAAGUGCACCUGACAUUUUAUGUUUGUUUUUAUUAGAAAAUAUCCUGUCGGUUUAUUUGUACAGAUAUCUUGAGUUAUUUAGUAUUUACUUUUUAAGGGCUGUGAACUGUGUACAUCGUUGGAAUCACAAAUUUAUUGUCUUCAAUAAAUUAAAUAAUUAA